CCGCUAAUGGCCACAGCUUGGGGGCGGAGUCAGGAGCGAAGACCAGGACCCGUCACCAGUGGCUUAUGGAAUUAAAGGGGAAUGAAGGAUUUGGCUAAACCAAGUCCCGGGUCUUCAACAGAAGAGGGAACCAGAGACCCCCCCGGCCGCCCUCCUCCUUCCUUUGUUCCAGUGGCUGGGGGGGUGUCCCCUCCCUCCACAACAUGGAGCCAUCUGGUCUAUCACCCAGUGGGGCAGCACUCCCCUUGCCUCUAUCGCUGGCUCCACCCCCACUGCCCCUGCCAGCCGCUGCAGUGGUACAUGUGUCCUUCCCUGAAGUGACCAGUGCCCUUCUGGAAUCCCUCAAUCAGCAGCGGCUUCAGGGCCAGCUCUGUGAUGUAUCCAUCCGAGUGCAAGGCCGGGAGUUUCGGGCUCAUCGGGCUGUCUUGGCUGCCUCAUCUCCUUACUUCCAUGACCAGGUCCUACUCAAGGGCAUGACCUCCAUCUCACUGCCCAGCGUCAUGGACCCAGGUGCCUUUGAGACUGUCCUGGCCUCUGCUUACACUGGCCGCCUGAGCAUGGCUGCUGCUGACAUUGUCAACUUCCUCACUGUGGGGUCUGUGCUCCAGAUGUGGCACAUUGUGGACAAGUGCACUGAACUCCUCCGAGAGGGCCGAGCGUCAGCCACCACAACCAUCAGUACUGCCGCAGCCACUUCUGUCACUGUCCCUGGUGCUGGGGCCCCAUCAGGGAGUGGGAGUACUGUGGCCCCUACCACCACAGGCUCUGUGCGCUCCCAUACCUCCAGCCGGGCCAGUGAGAAUCAGUCUCCCAGCAGCAGCAACUACUUCAGUCCCCGGGAGUCCACUGAUUUCUCAUCUUCCACCCAAGAGGCAUUUGCAGCUUCUGCAGUGGGCAGUGGGGAGCGACGAGGAGGUGGCCCUGUAUUCCCAGCCCCUGUAGUUGGCAGUGGGGGUGCCACCUCUGGGAAGUUGCUGCUGGAGGCAGAUGAGCUAUGCGAUGAUGGUGGGGAUGGGAGGGGGGCGGUGGUCCCUGGGGCUGGGCUUCGGCGACCCACCUAUACACCUGCCAGUGUCAUGCCACAGAAACAUUGGGUAUAUGUGAAACGGGGUGGAAAUUGCCCUGCACCAGCACCCCUGGUUUCCCAGGACCCAGAUCUAGAGGAAGAGGAGGAAGAGGAAGACCUGGUGUUGACCUGUGAGGAUGAUGAAGAUGAAGAGCUGGGGGGUGGCUCUGGGGUUCCAGCUGGGGGAGGGCCUGAGGCUACUCUCAGUAUCAGUGAUGUCCGGACCCUGACUGAGCCCCCAGACAAGGGCGAGGAGCAGGUCAACUUCUGUGAGUCCUCUAAUGACUUUGGCCCUUAUGAGAGUGGGGGUUCUGGGGCAGGGCUUGAUGACUCAGGGGGACCCACCCCCUCCUCCUAUGCCCCCACCCAUCCCCCAAGACCCCUCCUUCCCUUAGACAUGCAGGGCAACCAGAUUUUGGUCUUCCCAUCAUCUUCCUCUUCCUCCUCCUCACAGGCUCCGGGCCAGCCACCAGGGAACCAGGCAGAACACGGGGCUGUCACCCUGGGGGGCACAUCAGGGGGAGGCCUGGGUGUGCCAGGUGGCACUGGUGGAGCCCCUGGAGGGACCAGCAGCGGGGACGGUAAUAAGAUCUUUCUGUGUCACUGCGGGAAGGCCUUCUCCCACAAGAGUAUGAGGGAUCGGCACGUGAACAUGCACCUCAACCUGCGGCCCUUUGACUGCCCCGUGUGCAACAAAAAGUUCAAGAUGAAACACCACCUGACGGAACACAUGAAGACACAUACAGGUCUCAAGCCCUACGAGUGCGGUGUCUGUGCCAAGAAGUUCAUGUGGCGAGACAGUUUCAUGCGUCACCGGGGACACUGUGAGCGCCGGCACCGCAUGGGUGGGGGCGGGGCGGGACUUGGACCUGCAGCGCCCACUGGGCCAGCCUUGCUUCCCAAGAGAGAGUCUGCCGGUGCGGGCGGGGGCAGUGGUGACGAGGCGAGUGGCACGCCCCCAUCCAGCAGACGAGUCUGGUCCCCACCCACUGUCCACAAGGUGGAGAUGGGCUUCAAUGGGGGCGGCGGAGCAAACUGAAGGGGCAAGCAAGUGGGGUUACUUCGGGGGGAAGAGGGAAUAGGGAGCACGAUCCAGGGGCACCAUGGCCCCCUGGUGAUCUCCCAUCACACUCACUGUCUUCCUUUAUCUCUUUGGACUUGUAUAUAUUGUGGAGGGGGAACCACAUUGCACCACCGCCAGCCCAUUCCACUCUUUAGCCCCUUCCUUUCAAGGUAUCCGGAAUUAAGUCACCUUUCUUUCCCCUCUGGUGGGUAUUCCGAAGCCCCAGUUCCACAUAGGAGGGCGAACAUGGUGGGGGAGGGAAAGGGGCGUGUAGAGCAUCUUGAAUUCACAGGGUCAAGGGUCAGGUUGUUGUAGUCUGUGCCUGAAGUCUGUGUUUGUGUUGUGGGGACAAGGCCUUUGAGCCCCACUGUUGUCCUAGAACCUACCCCUUCCUGCAGGAUGCGACCCUAUUUCUAUGCUCUCUCACACACACACCUCCCCUGGGGAUCCUCACUCAACUUGGUUCUCAAUAGGGAGUGGGUGGAAAUAGGAGGGAGUAAGUCGUAGUACAAGCUUUUAAUUUUUUAAACAGUGAUUAAAAUAUUUAUUGGUCAUUUCA